AAGCACUGACAAUCAAUCAAAAUCGCAGCAGAAACAAAGAAGAAAGAGAGAGAGAGAAAGAGAGAAUAGAAAAUGCUUCUUUUCUUGAAAUCUAGUUCAAAACGGGUCAAAAAUGAGAAGGUGCAGGAUAUUGAUGAUGACCAGAAUAAGGAAGCUGCAUCAUCAUCAUCAUCAUCAUCUACUUCUCUUACGGUUUGGAGAAAAUCUUUGCUGUUUAGCUGUAAUGGUUUCACGGUGAUUGGCUCCGACGGCAGCUUGGUGUUUAGGGUGGAUAACUAUUCCGGCCACCCCCAUCAGAUCAUCCUCAUGGAUGGCCAUGGCAACCCCAUUCUCACCAUCUGCCGCCAUAAGGAGAAGCUGAGAUUGGUGGACAACUGGCUAAUAUAUGAAGGGGACAUUGAAGGGCACAGUGCAGCGAAGAUAUCAUCAUCAAAGAAGCCGAUUUUUUGUGUGAGGAAGCAGAAGAAAAUGUUGCAGCAGGGUAAUCUGAACGUUCUGGCGCACGUUUACAGAGGGGAUAUAUCUGAGAGGAGGGUGGUGUACGUGAUCGAAGGGUCGUACGUGCACCGAUCGUGUAAGGUGUUUGAUGAGUCCAGAAAGAUGGUGGCUGAGAUAAAGAAGAAGCAAUCCAGGGUUAGCCAUGGCGGCGUGUGCGUUUCUUUUGGUUUAGAGGUUUUUGUUUUGGUUGUUAGGCAGGGCUUUGAUUCUGGGUUUGCCAUGGCUAUGGUUUUGCUGUUGGAUCAGAUGUUUUCUUAAUUCAUUUAAUUUCUCUCUUCUUUCUAGAUUAUUAUUGCUUUUCUUGGUUGAUUGGUUUUUAUUUGACUUAUCUAUAAGAGAGGAGACAACCUUGGCUUGUCGGUAAAAGGCUAA